AUACAGUACCUUACAGACGUCUCGACAAACCCUCAACAUUCGAAGGCUCUACAUCGUCCAUAUUUUCGACUCAAACGCAAGUUGUGAAGAAACCCGUAUCACCGCUUGUCAAUUGCCAUGGCCCUGGAGGUCCUCCCUAUCCCACUGACAUGGACACUUCUUCCGGUCCUGGCUGUCCUGUUCUACCUGUAUGCUGUUCGCCCGUUGUUUAUCUUUAGGAAAAUGGGAGUCCCAGGACCAACCCCUGUACCGGUUAUUGGGACUACUUACUUGACUGCGUUUUGGGGAUUUUACAACAAUAACAUUUCUGUCUCAGAUGUGGGACCAGUCAAGGGGUUCUUCAAUGGGAUGACUCCAGCUCUUGUAAUAAGUGAUGCAGAGAUGAUGAAGGAGAUUUUUGUGAAACAGUUUCACAAAUUCACCAACCGCCAGACAGACUCACAGAUGAUCAAUGUGAAGCCCCUGAGCCGCAUGGUGUUCCAGCUACUGGACGAUGAUUGGAAGAACGUACGGACAACACUUAGUCCGGCCUUCAGCAGCAGCAAACUCAGACAGAUGACAGGUGCCAUGAACAGCUGUGCCGAGCAGCUGGUGGAGAAUAUAAGCAGCUUCGCGACAACAAAGGAGUCUUUUGAUGUCAGGCAGUUGACCGGUGCAUUCACUAUGGAUGUCAUCGCAAGGACCAUCUUCGGUACUGAGAUUAACUCACAGCGGAAUCCGCAGGACCCGUUCGCCAUCAAUGCAAAGAAAUCAUCCAACAUCAACUUCAAUAGUCCACUAAUCUGGCUCUACUUGCUGUUUCCCGGUACCAUGAAAAGGAUUUGUGAGUUACUCGACUACCAACUGUUCUUCCCUCGAGAGGCUACCGAUUUCUUUAAUGGAGUCAUGGACCAACUCCUGGCUAUGAGGGAGACUGAUGGAGGAAAAGGACGUGUAGACAUGCUGCAGAUAAUGAUUGAUGCUCAUAAGGAGAAGGACGAGGACAGCACGGACGGAGCAAAGGUUCACGGCAAGAAACAACCUCUAACUAGAGACGACGUUGUUGCAAAUGGAAUCGGCUUCUUUAACGCGGGUUACGACACUGUGUCCAUCACAUUGUCCUUCCUGUUGUACCAUCUGGCACUGGAUCAGGAGAUUCAGGACAAAGUCAGACAGGAGAUUCAUGACGUUACUGACGGUGAAUCCCUGGUUGACUACGAGGCGGUGCAGAAGAUGUCGUACCUUGAAAUGUGUGUGAUGGAGACCCUUCGCCUUUACUCCCUCGUACCAUUCCUUGUUAGGGUUGCUGCUGAAGAUGUUCAGCUGAAAGACUUGACCAUCCCAAAGGGUAUGGGGGUAUCUGUGCCCGUCUUAGCCAUUCACUAUGACCCUGCACGUUGGCCAGAACCGAGGAAGUUCAUUCCUGAAAGGUUUACAAAGGAAGAGAGGGAGAAGCGGAACCCGUAUGACUGGAUGCCGUUCGGGGCAGGGCCGAGGAACUGUGUCGGAAUGAGGCUGGCGAUGAUGGAGCUGAAGGUUGGAGUGGCGAAGAUCCUGAUGAAGUACCGCGUCACUACUGGACCUGAUACACAGGUUCCUGUGAAGCUCAACAAAUGGCAGCAGUUCCCCACACCUGAGAGUCCCAUUCGACUAAUGGUGGAGCCUGUGGAGUGAUUACCAUGUCUUCAUUAUCAUAAGAUGCCUUGGAAAUUAGUGCGAUUUAGUUGAGAGAAAUGCACAUAUGAAUCCAAGGUUGAACCAAGAAGAAUAAUAGAUUAAAUGAUUAGAUAAUCAAUUGAACUGUAUCAACAUAUGACAUUUAACUGCAUAGAUAUUCAGUAAUGGUUAUCCUGAGAUUUCUUGAACGUCGGCUAAAAUAGAAUAGAUCGCCGUAUGUAUAGAAAGAUAAUUGCGAAUGGGCAAAUAAAUGAAUGGACGAUGGUAGGAGGGAAGACAAUGAUAACGUAUAUCAUGAUUUGCCAUCGUGCAGAAUCUACUCUUGUUCAACGGUAUCCCGCCCCCCAUAAUUUUCUCCGUAAUGUUGAUACAGUUGUAAUAAUUAUUAUUGUUCCUUUGUAGUUUUGCAAUCUGUUUUUGUUUGCGGACUUUGUGUUUUGACUUUUGUUAAUGAAAUAUCAUUUCAUAUUUGAUGAAAAAAUUACCUAUUUUUCGCAACUCCCCAAAUGAUUACUUAGUUAUUAUAAGCUUCGGUUCAUAUCGAAUAGAAAAAAUAUGCACAUUAUUACGUCAUGUUGAUGUUUUAUGAGUAACAUCCUCGCUCGCAUCAAUUUCGGCAUUUUUACAAAAUCUCCAGCCAUACUGUUAGUCGCAAAUAGGCAAACAUGUGCCUUAGAUUGCAAAUAAGAUAUUGGAAAAGUAUACUAUGGUCAUAGAAUGCUAACGAAAAUUCAAAGAAAGUAAAAGGAAAACAUUUGAAAGAAUAAAAGUAAAGAGUCUGUUCAAUUUUUCAUUAUUAACUCUAUGUGUGAGGUCAUUUAUUAUACCUUUACUAAAAGCAAGCAUAAGGUGGCCAAACUACAAGAAGAUGAUUUGCAAAGGUGAUAUUCUGUCUGUUCUAGAUAUAAUUUCUUGUUUACAAAUCCUGGUGCUAUAAAAGAUUGAAGUUUG